UCUUGACGAUACGUCAAAGCUGGAAGGACCCACACGCAGGUGCCUGCAGUAUGGGGUGGGAGCGAAGGGUAAAACCCAGGAUGAUCAGAAUGUUGGGAAAGCGACAGAAAAAUAAAAAGACAAAAUACGAUGCCUGGGAGGAUAGUGACUUCAAUGAUCUCGAUGAUGCGUCAUUGAAGAAGCUACUCGAGGAGGCCUAUUGGUACCGUAAUCCUGGCGACAGGAAAAACAAAAGCGAGCGCUUUCUGCAAAUGCUCAAAAAGGCUGAGUACGACGAAGAGAUCUCUUAUCGUGCCAUCAAAUCCUGCCUCACACUCAACCCAAUCACGCUAGCGACGUCAGCGUCCACAUCCGGUGCAGCCGGCAUUGGCAGCAACAGCAACAACAACACCCACCACACAAACAAUCGAUCGGGGGAGCGCCACAAGCAGGGCGGCUCCUUGCAGGAUCUUGUUGAGGCGGCUCAUCGAAGUGGGUCGGCCACCAGCUCUGCAGCGGCAGCAGCAGCAGCGGCGUCAGCCACAUCGGCGACAACCCAACGUUUCAACUGUGAUUACCAGCUGAGUGGACGCGCGAACCGUCGCCACCAGCAACAGCAACAGCAGCAGCACAACAACAACCAAAACGCACCCUCUGCCUCCAAGAAGAUCAAGAACUGGUCCGCGUCGGGACGGCAGCGCGAGGGAGGAAGCCUUCCGAGUAGCGUCAACUUUGAGUCAGCCGCCACGUCCAUGGAUGCCAAGCUGAAACAGACCAUGGCCGAGUCAUCGACGACAUCCUCCCAGUCACAGGCUUCAACUGGCAAGAUCAGCGCCGGCAGCUGCAGCAGCCUGCCCAGCCACCUGGGCGAGACUGAGGCCGGCACCCAGUUCGAUAUGGACGAGGAUGAGACGGGCGGUGGUGCUGCGAGUGGGAGUGCUGGCGCUGGCCCUGGCCCUGGCCACAUCCAACAAGAAUAUCUGUUGGAGCUUUCGGGUGACAAUCGCGUAAUCAAAAAGAAGAAACCAGGCGCCAAUCAGUCAAUGUCGUAUCUCAGCACCAAAGUGCUCGAUAAUAUCAUGCAAAACUAUAGCCCGCAGCAGCCCGAAUCGAAGGACUCGGCCAUUGGCAGUGAGUAUCAAAUUGGCGAGACAAUGCCGUUUUUGGGGCCCGUUGGCGUUAGGCCACCCGGCACGCCCCACAUACAUCUACACCAGCAACACGUACAGCUGCAGCAACAAUAUCCGACGGGUGCGCACUUUGAACGGGGUGCAGACGAUCCCACACGCAAAGUGGACGCCGGCUAUGUAUCGCUGAGCGACAGCUAUCCGGCCUGCUCAUCGGUCUAUGCCGAUACAUCGACGGUGUCCCAUGCAAACAGCAGAGCCACCACCUCUUCGGGGGAUGUGUUUGGAAAGAAGGGCGGACGUGCGGGUCCGAUUUCCACGGGUGCCAAGUCCACAUCGCGCAACCUUGAUGAGAACGGCAACGCUCUGAGCGAUGGCUAUGGCACCAAUAACACGCCCAGCAGCAGCAGCAACAAUGGAAAUGGCAACGGCGGUGGCGGCAGCAGCUCCAAUCAGUUUACGGCCCUGAUCACUACCACGAUGGGUGCCAAUGCACCAGCAUCGUCCACAAACCGACAGAACAGCGUGUCCACGCUGCUCACAACCGGAAGCAACACCACCACCACGGCAAUGGCGGCCGCUGCAGUGGCUGCCUCCUUCAAUAGCCAGUUACAGCAGGUUACCGUUGGCAACGGCACCGCAGUCGCAGCUGGAGCUGCAGCGGGAGUGGGUGCCGGAGCAGUUGUAAGUGGCGCCAGUGCCGGCACUGGGGGACAGCCCACCAAGACCAAGUCAAAGAAGAGGUCGCAGCAGGAGCGCAACACAACCACUGUCGAUGCUGAGUCGGUGGCCGGGUAUCGCGGCAAGGAGUCGGUGGAGCAGCUGGUCAAGUACAUUGAGAACGAUGGCAACAGCGGCGGGCAGAAAAAGAAGGAGCGCAAGAAGCAGAACCAGAAGCUGAAGAAGAGCAACUCGCUGGAGGAGCUGCGCAGCUGUUCCAAAAUGGAGGCGGACGACCUGAAGCGCGAGUCGGCCACCACCGAGAUGAUGCCCCAGAAGAAGGACGCAAACAAUGGGAAUGCCAGUGGCAGUGGCAAGCACAACUCUGCUUCUGUGGCGGACAUAAGCAAGAACUGCAGCAAGGAGCAGCAGCAGGCCACAACUGUCCAGGUGCAAGUGCGUGGAGCAGCCGCUGCCCAGCAGCGGAAAGGCGAACGCCGCUCCUGGGGCACCGAGGAGCUACAGUAUCUGGGGGAUCAGGACUACCGCAAGCCCGGCUUGGGUAAGGCGGCGGCCCGCUCUGAGCCCGAUAUCGAGGCGGAACCGAUGCCACUCUCCCUGCCAGCCCUCUCCUGCAUGUCGGAAAUGGAUGCCCUGAACACCGUCCUCUCGGAGACAGCCGAAUUCCAUGUGGUGACAAAGAAGAAGAAACCAAAGAAGCAGCGAGCCGUCACCAUGGACGAUGCGGCCGUUGCGGCCGCUGCCCAUGCGGGUGGCAAUCUGCAGCGCAUGCAGCAGAUCACCAAAUCGGCCUCCUCCAACAUGAUGUCGCAGCGGGCGCACUACUACACGGCGUACACCAACAGCGGCGGCAGCAGCAGCACCGGCUCCAGCAACCAUCACGGCCAAUAUCCGAGCAAGUCGGCACAGCAGCAGCAGCCGCAGUACCAGGAGACACAGCCACAGCAUCACCAUCACCACCAUCAUCAUUACCAUCAUCAUCACCAUCAUGGUGGGUCGGGAUCGGCCAAAAAGGACAGCUCGCGACGUAAGUCCACAUCCUCGAUGCCGCCCUCGGAGAAAUCCGAUUCUAGUGAUCUCGACUCGGUCCACUCGUUGCCCAUUCAGACGGUCAAGAAGAAGAGCCUCGGCUUUAGCAGCAGUGGCGGCAGCAGCAGCGGCGGCGCCGCCACCAGCAACAAGGAACGGGCAGCGCAGGCCGCCACCCAGCGUCAGGUUAAGAAAAAGACACUGACACCAGCUCCCAUUUCCUAUGCGGACAUAGCCCGCAACAAGCGGGAGGCCCUGAAGAAUGCCAGUGGCGGCAUCGGCAAUGGCAGCGCAAAUGCCAGCGACCCAGAGCCAACGGAAGCAGUAGCUGGCGGAGCAGCGGCUGAUAAGCCCACCACCGGCGGCAAGGGCAGCAAAUCUAAGGUCAAACCCGAUUUCCCAGAGCUGCCAGUAGCUCUAUCCAUACCGGUAGCCAUCAGCACCGGCACCAGCACUAGCACCAGCACCAAUACGGCCAGCAAUCAGGUGGCCAGUAGUUCCAGCAACAAUUCGUCGUCGGCGGGAUCGAUCAGCUACUCGAAGAGUCUGAAUGCGACGCCUGCCAGCAGCACCAGCGACGUUGAUGCCUCGCCAGAGCUCACACCCACAUGCACGACUGCGCCCAGCAGCAGCCUGUCCUCGUCACAGCCCUCGUUGCAAAAGUCUAAGAGUGUGGAGCACGAUGCCACCUAUAGCUUCAACAGCAGCAACCUCGAUCAGCAGUAUCCAGCCCUGGAGAAGACUGUGAAGAGGCAUAGCACAACCAAUGUUUCCCUGACAGCUGCCGCCUGUCCAUCCGCUGGCUCUGGCUCGGGCUCCGGAUCGGCUGCGGGCACGGCAACGUCUUCGAUUUUCAAUUUUGCUGCCGCAACUAAAUUACAAAUGGUAGACAAAUCGACGGGAACCACAUCAUUACAGACUACCUCAGCCAAGUCCAAGGCCAAGUCAAAGGAUCUGUCAUACAGCAGCGCGAGCAGCACCAGCAGCAGCUCGGGCAGUAGCUCGGGCAGCAGCAGCAAGAAGUCCAUGAAGCUUGGUCACGAUGAGGCGGCGACAGUGCCCGUUCCCGUGCCAGCGCCAGUGCCAGCGCCAGUGCCAGUUGCCCAGAAGUCUACGACAGCCACCCAGACCGAGGGGACCAAGAAGAUGGGACACAAGAUGUCCCAUAGCAGCAGCAAGCUGACACCUGAGAUUAUUGCUGGUCGGCCGGCGGUGAUAAUACUCAACGAUGACCGCGACUCGGGAGAGGAGGGACUCAACAACGAGUUCAUCUUUGGCGAUUUCAACGAGGAUGAGCUGAAGCUCUUCGACGACAAAAAAGAGGAGAAGGAAAAGGAGGAGAAAGAAAUUAAAAAAGAGAAACAAAAGGAGAAUGAGAAGAGUGAGAAGAAGGUGCAACCGAAACCAGAGUCACAGUCGAAGCCACAGGCAGAGCCAAAGCCGAAGGUACAGCCCACAAAGUCACAGGCAGAGCCACAGCCACAGCCAAAGCCACAGGCAGAGCCACAGCCACGGCCAAAGCUGCAGGCAGAGCCACAGCCAAAGCCAAAGCCACUAGCCACACAGAUGGACAAGCAAGAGCCAAUAGAUAUAGACCCGGAGGACGAUGACGAUCAGAUUCCAGAAGCAGAACCAGAACAAAUUGGAGAGGACAAAGCCGAGAAGAAGGAGGCAGAAAAUACCACAGCCACACAGUCGGAUGUGAGCUCCAGUAGCUAUCAGCAGCUGAUACUGAAUGACUCGGGCGCCGCCUCCGAUGUGGUCAACAGUUCGGCCAGUUUGGACAUGCUAUCGAUCUCAGGCGAGGCCGUGCAGUCGUCGUCGCCAAACUCUGCGGCCAUUUCCACAAACUCGGGCUCAUCCAGCCUAAUCAAUUCGUCAACAUCCUCAACACCUUCGUCCGAUUCGGCACAAAAUUCCAACUCGUCGUCAUCUGUUUCGAUAUCGUCGUCCUCUGGUGGCAACGCUCCCUUGGGCGGCUUGUGCUCCGGACACGGUUCGGGUGCGGCCUAUGUGGCGAACCAGUCCAGCGAUAGUGGCAUCUAUGGUGCCGCCAACACGUCCGUAAAGGACCACAUCAACCAGUUCCUUAGCCGGGCCAGCAGCAGUAGUGAUGAGCCGCUGCCGAAUGUCCCCAUCUCCAUGCAACAGUUGGAAACCUGCAAUGACAUUGAGGCGGCCAUCAUAGCUGCUGCCCGGGCCGCGGCCGCCGCACGCAGCAACAACUGCAGCCGCAGAAAUUCCCAGGAACUGGAGCCGCCACAGUCACAGUCCCUGUCCAAGUCGCAGCAGCAUCAGAGCCCAGUGGCCAAAUCGAAAAUUGUGCCCGUGUAUACGACCUACAAUGUUGGCGUACAGGACUAUGACGAGGACUUGGAGGAGCUGAGCUUCCUGGCCGACCUCCGAGAUGCGGAGGUAGACGUCGAGCAGGAGGCGGAAGUGAAAGCGGAGGCC